UCCGACGACUAUUUUUUUUUGGAUAUUGGAUGGUGCCUCGACAGGGCCACUGAUAGCAGGAUGGAAAAAUAUCGACAAUUUGCCGAUGGAGGCACUGGGGUCAAUCCAUUCGUGCCGCCUUGGUCGCAUUACAAGGCUGGAGUGCUGGGACGAUGUCUCAAGGUGGUGAUGCUGCCGGUGCUCCUGAUGCGUUUGCUGGUGCUUCUGACCGCUGGCAUCUGGUUAUUGGUGGCUGAGCUCGUUUGCUUGCCUCUUAGCAUCAUCCCGCCUCUAAGGCGCCCAGUGCAGUGGCUCCUGAACUAUGCUGGCUGCUGUCUUGCCUUGAUUGCCCUGGGUUUUUGGUUUGUUGCCGGCGGCAAUCAGGUGGCAGAUCAUCGGAGGUUGAAAUUGAUGCCUCCCAAGGUCAACAGAUCCAGCUGCUUCGACACUUCCAGAGGUGCUUUGGUCCUGGCCAACAUGCAGGGCUUGACAGAUGUCUUGUACCUGGGGAUGAAGUUGUGUCCCGUCUUCGUUUUUCCCGCCGCCGACGGCUCGCCCAUCGCCUACUCUCUCCUGGGCGCCUUGGCCCGAGCUGCUGCGGAGAGGCUCCCUCCGCCGUCGGCCACGCAAACCCUGCCGGAGAUCCUUCAGGCUGCGCAUGCAGGCUGGAAGGGCCCAGUGGUGAUGUUUCCGGAGGGCGCGCGGAGCAAUGGAAGUGCCAUUCUGGCCUGGAAACCUGGAAGCUUCAAGGGCUUGGAAGCGAUGGACAAGCCCUACGGAACUGCUCUCGUGGCCCUGGAGUAUUCCAAACGGGGCGCCUAUACGCCCCAUCACACCGUGGGCAGUGCGCUUCAGCACGUGCUUCACCUGUCAUUCCAACCGUUUCACACCGUGAGAACUUCUUGGUUGCCGGCCAGUGACGUGGCAGUGGCUGUGAAGGGCAAAGCCUUAGGGGACAGCCUCACCCUGCUGCACACGGUGCUUUCCAGGAUGGUACCUGGAGCGGUGGAAGUGGAAGUCAAUGCGGACAAGCAUAAGGACUUCAUGGAGUUUUGGGAGGCCUCGCAGCGGAAAGGCUACACCAAAGCGGCCGCCAAGAGUGCGGCAUCCAAGGCUUCAAAGGCUGCAAAGGUGUUGGGAAACUCAGAGCAGAGGGGUACCGAGCUUUGCAUGAGCCAACCGGGUAGGGAACUGUCAGAUCUGACAGCUGCACUGAACCGUUUGUCACUUGCAAUUGAGGGUCAAGCAGAGAGGAACAAUACCCGGGACUGGGAGCUCGUCGGCCAGGAGAGUUCCACGGCUCCUGCACCCCAGUUGUCUUUGGAGGAAAAGCAAGCUUUGGUGGCCUUCAACGACUACGAGUCUCUUGCUGAGCUACUGCCUGCUUGUCCUGCUAGGCUGCUUGGUGUUUGUGAACGCCUACGAGGUGGAGAGUACAGUGCUGAAUGCCGGGCUAAGCGUGCCUGGGAAGCUGGUUAUUGGGCUUCUUUGGCCUUGCGUGGCAAAAUUAGAGUUCCUAGGAACACUUUGCCCCUUGACUUGCCCAAGUGCGUGUACAUCAUCCUCAAAGCUCCAGGACUUUCUGUUCCUACCAGGGUCUCCAGAGCAGGAGAUCUUUCCAGAUUGGUGGGCAGAGUUGAUUCCAGCAACGACUGCAUCUUCCACGGCUUCCCAUCCCUUGCGGAGGCACAGACGUAUUCAGACGCAGAUCUCACAGUUCCCAUUCGAGCUCUGCUAACAUGGCCACCUCACGAAAGUUCCCUUUUGCACAUUGUUCAGACUUUUGUUAUCAUGAGGCGCCCAGGAGGGCUCAUGCUUGCUUUGCCAGAAAAUGUGAUCGAGCCAGCCUCCUUGCAGCCUUUCAGCGUGGUCCCAGAGGACGGCACAGAGCCUCUGGUUGGCCCAGUCAAAAACUUUGUGGUUCCUUUGAUGUUGUCCCAAGACGACGGAGGCUUGGAACGUUCCGAAGAGAUGGUUGGAGUACAGGUGAUAGAUAUGAGCCUCCCCGGGGCCUUGAACAUUUUGUCGGCCUAUCCGGAGGAUGGAGAAGAUAUGGAUUUGGUUUCAAACUUUUCUCAUCUGGAUAUCAAUGCGAGGCCCAGCUUUGGCGAUCUUCUCCCUAUGGUGGUUGCCUGGAUAGGGGAGGAGACAGAGGAGCGGCUUGCUUUUUACACUGCGGACGAAGGGCCUCAGUCCAGUGCCAGUCCAAAAGCCAAAGCAAAAGCUCCGCAUACUUUGCCAGAUGGUUCUACAGCGCCCGGAAAAGCAAAGAGCGCUGCAAAGAAACCUACGGUUGCAACAUUGUCCCAACAGAUGGAAACAGUGCUGGCAGCCCUUCCUAUGAUCACAGACCAGUUGUCUGCCCUCACUAUGAAGCAGGAUAUGCUGGAGAGGCAGCAGAGGUCAGCUCCAUCAGACCAGCCUGGCUUCCGGCCCAUAGCAGCUGGGAAGUCAGCGCAGCCGAUUUCAAGCCUGCUCAGAGGGACUCCCAAGAAUCUUUCCACUUUGGCGGCGGACUUGGGGCCCCCUCCAAAGACAAGGGCUACUGGUGGGCUCACUGUCCCACUGUUGCCAGAGCAAGUGAUGGAGGAGGACGAGCCAGUGGAUCCUAUGCAAUCAGAGGUCGCAGAGGGGUUGGGCUCUCCGAUGGCUCAGUUGUUGGUGGAGCAGGGCCGCGUUUUGGCAGCCUUAGCCUUAGUCAGUCAGAUGCAGGCUGGCAGCACAGACCCUAUGUCAGACCUUUCCUCCACAACACCCACCAUGGGCGUCAAGGGCACCUUGGCCCGCGAAAAGAUGCAGCGCGAGCUGGCAGCUGGAACAGGGGCUUUCUUUCUCAAAGUUUGCCAAGCCAUACAGAGGUACGGAGGGUUUGGCCAGAAUCGAGAGCUUGGUAUGGUUCAAUGGUCUCUAGGUCACGUCUUCGAUGCCAUGGCCAAGGAAGAAUGGAAUCUCGCGCGCGACCACCUCGCCCUUUCGGCAGUGAUGGUGGAGCAGGCCGCUUUGGACUCCAACCGGUGGAAUCUUGCCUGGUUUCUGAGGUUGUUAGACGACCCGCCGCAGAACCUUUGGCUGAGCAGAGGGCAAUCAGCGACAGGGGGCAGGAGGCCCUUUGCGCCACUUUGCGUCCCCAGCUGGACCACAGCUGCCUUGGCCUAUAUGAAGGAAAGCGAGGUUCUACAGUCAAAGAAGGGAGAGUUGGUGGGGGCCCCAUCGCGAGCAGCGGGUUCAGAAGACGCGGCUCCAAACCCAAAAGCUCCAAAGCGCCGCCCGGGCCGUGGCAAGGGCAAUCAGGCCUCCCAGUCCUUGCAAGAUCAGGGACGGGCCACAAGCCCCUCCUACCGCCUUGUUUCCUCUGCCGAUGCCUUGCGAAAGGCCAUAUGCAGCAGGCGUGUGACCACGGUGAGACAGUGCAGGUCUCCACCAGUGGAAGACGUAAUUUGCGUGCCAAAUUUUGCAGUGGACCAGCCGGCCACCGUUUUGAGCCUUUUCAAGAAGUGGGAUGACCUGGGGCUUUUGAUUUUGCAUCCAGCAGAUAGCAUCACCACAGGUGAAUCUGGCCGUGUAAAGAUCUUUAAUGCCUACAAGUCAGCAGAGGUGGACCGUCAGAUUGGAGACCGGAGGGAGAGGAACGCAUGGGAGUUUCGUAUGCCAGGCCCUUCGGCCCAACUGCCUGUCGGGCCGCUCAUUGGCCGCCUGGUGGUGCCUCCUGGGAGCGGACUGAAAGUUUGCAUUACAGACCGGUCAGAUUUUUAUCACCAGAUUGGGGUGUCCUUUGAGCGAAGUAGGACCAACAUUGUCUGGCCGGCUAUGCCCCUGCAAUCUUUUGUUGAGUUCAAGGCUUACCAGAAGUACUGCCAGAGAGCCUCCAGCCAUCGCAAGCGGCCGGAUCGCAUGGUUUUUGGUGAUGACUUGAAUGGGCAUCGGCCCCAGACUUGGUCAACGGAUCCAGCGUGUAUGGUCUACGGUGGUUUUGGCGCUGUCCUUCAAGGGGACCAUUUGGGUGUUGAGAUAGGCAUUUCAGCCCAUGUUGGACUUCUUCAACAGCAUGGACUUUUAGCUGACAAAGGGCGUUUGGUCAUGGGCUCGUUGGUGAGGCCAGCAGAUGUUUAUCAGGGAUUGGUCAUUGAUGAUUUUUUCUGCAUUGCUCCGGUUCCUUUGGCUGAGCUCAGCCAUGACUACAGUGGCCCUCCUAGCGCAGCCAGGCGUGCGUUUGACAAAGCAAAGAAGGUCUAUGCAGAAGUUGGCUUGGCUGGAUCGGAUGCGAAGGAUGUGAUUGACAAGAGCCUCACGACAGUUGUUGGGGCCGAGGUUGAUUCACGUGCAAAAGUUGUCAGCAAGGGCAUUUUGCCUGUUGGAGCUCCUGCGGCAAAAAGACUCUCCUUGUCUUGGAUUGCAGCUUGCGCUAGCAGAUAUGGUUGGACUUCAGACUCUCUUCAUGCGUCUUUGGUCGGAGGCCUGACUUCAGCUUUUUGCUUCAAAAGGUGCAGCAUGUCUAUUCUGAAUGAGCUCUACAAGGUGAUUCCUGCCGAGGAGCUGAACACAGAGAAGCCAAAACUGAGGGCGUUGAGCCGCUCUGCAGCAGAGGAGCUCAUUUUGAGUGCGGUUCUUUUGCCAGUUCUGGUCUCAGACGUGAAGGCCCCUUUUCAUGAGUGGAUUUAUGCGUCAGAUGCCUCGACCAAGAUGGGAGCUUUUUGUGAAGCACGCAUCAGUGAAAAUCUGGCGCAUCCUCUUUGGCUUGCUGGAGAUUUUAAAGGGGCUCGAGUCAGUUUGGACUCUUGGCAGAAAGUUGUCCUCAGAGAUUGCAAUCACCUGGGGGAGCUUGAGUCAGAGUCUGAGGAGGUUGGGCCAGAACCACAGCCUACAGCUGCAUCUCCCGAGAAGCCUCUGGCGCAGUUCUAUGACUUCAUUGAGGUUUGUGGUGGAUCAGGCGUUGUCUCAGAUGAGGUGGCAAAGUGGGGCUUUACGGUUGGGCCCAUUAUUGACUUGACCUACUCUAGGCAAUACGAUGUUGUUAACCUGAGAGUUGUGGAGUGGCUGCAGUUUCUGAUUACUCAGAGGAGGGUUCGCGCCUUGAUGCUGGAACCUCCGUGCACCACCUUCUCAGCAGCAGCAUAUCCACCAUGCAGGAGCUACAGGGUCCCAAGAGGCUUCAACCAACUGCUGAGCAAGGUUUGGAUUGGCAACAGGUUAGCCUUUACAUGUUUGAUGCUUCUGAUGCUUGCGGCUCACCACUACGUGAUUGGCUUGUUGAAGACGCCCAGACGUUCAAAGAUGGCAUGGUUGCGUGAGUGGCUAGCUUUGUUGGAGUUGCCAAAUGUUGAGGAGACCUUUACUGCCUCCUUUUGUCUGCGCUCAGCCCGUGCUGGCGGUUCCUUCUUGUCUUUGCUGGACUUUGAUGGAUUUUUCCGCCUUGCCGAGCUUCCAAAACUCCGACGUUGGAUUUCCAAUUGGACGUGCCUUUUCCUUGGACUUUGCUUCCGCCAUUCCCUCCGUCCUGCGUCCCUGGCAGUGAACAAUCCCCGCAAUCGCUCCUCCGAGCCACCUGUGGACUUUUAUCAUUUCCUGUUGGAUUUUGAUGCCACUCUCGGCUACCCUGGUGAAGGACCCAUUGUGUGUAGUUGGAUUUUUCUAAUUUGGGGCGUUAGCUUAGUUUGCAGCCAUGGAAUGAUGCCGCGUCACCGUGAAGACCAGAAGAGGUUUGAACUCAGAAGAACCAGGCCUUUGGCUCAGGGUCGUCCAGUUCAGCCACUGACCCGUACAAACCGAGACAAGCUUUUGGAUAAGUUUCGAGAUUGGCUGGCGGAGAAGGGUUUUUGCCUACAGCAGGUUCUGAAUGAAGCGUACACUGAACCCGAAAAAGUCGUUGAAAUGGACUAUGAAGACCUGGUCACUUUGGUGUCAUGUGCCUUUGAGAAGCUGAAGCCAAACGACAGACUUUGGCCACAUUCUGGACAGCUGUUGAGAAAUCGCUUUAAGCAGUUGCUGGAAGCCAUUGGAAUCACAAAGGCUUCAGUUAGCAGUGAACGCAUGCUGGACUUGGGCUCCUUACGAGCUGGAGGGGCAACCCAUCUUCUGAUGGUCACGGAAGAUGCAGAGCUGGUACGUAGAAGGGGUAGAUGGAUGGCUCACAGAACCAUGGAUAUCUACUUGCAAGAAGUGCUGGCGAGCGUAUACUUCCCUAGACUACCAGUUUUGGUGAAGGCAAAGGUGCUGCACUUAGCCCUUGCCUUUCCUGCAACGCUGAGCCGUAUGAAGAUGAUGACUGAGGGUGGCCUCUCUGCAAGCAUGUGGUAUGACAUUUUUCACUAUGGCACAGAUGGGAAGAGUGGGAACAAAACCAGGGUGGAAGAUGUGCUGUUCGGCGAACACUGGGCCCUGACCGAGGUCUUAGAGUGUCUAGGAUUGCACGUGGGUUGGUCCCCAUGUCCCGACGAAAACCCUUCGCAGCCCUUCAGCACCCGACAAGUGGAAGGGGAGAUCGACAAACUCCGUGCGCUACUGGGGGCCGUUGAGGCGGACGUGCGACUCUUGCGUCAAGUGAAGGAUGAAGAGGGGGGCCUCCAAGAAUGCACGGAUGGAGAAUUCAUUCUUCGCAGCCCUGAGCAUCGGAAGAAGAUGUUGACGCAGGCUGUGAAGACGGCGAACAGCACGCCACAGGCACAGAAGACCCUGAUGCCUGCCGCAGCGCCUGGUGUGCUCGGUACUUCGCCUUCCCGUGCUUCGCCGUCACGCGCGGCGCCGCCAUCUGGGGCUCCGCCAGUAGCGGUGCCACAAGGCCUCCGCUCGGUGCAGAGCGCUGCAGAACUGCGGAAAGCCCCGCUGUUGCGGCCGCUGACGGGUGCUCCCCGUGGUAGCCUGGAUCGCGGCAGUGCCUCCGCAUCUUCUCCGCAGCUGCCAGGUCUCUCACCCACCAUGUCCAAAGCUUCGCCUUCAUCAGGUGUCCGAGUGCCUGCUAAGCAGCCACUCCAACCCUUGCCGAUACAAGGCCUUGGCCCAGGACGGAGUCUUCCUUCGGCUGGGCCACAGCCACAUGCGGCUUCGCCAGCAGGACCCCCCAGUGACACGACUCAGUGCGAUGCGCCCAGCAGAUUGCCCAGCGCCGCAGGUGGACGAAGACAAGAUCCGCCGGAGGAACGCAUGCCUUCAGGUGUUGACCAACGGCCUCUUUCUAGCGCGGGGCACUGGGCCGACUGGGCAUCGCCCAGCUCGGUGCGGCGUCGUUGCGAGCGCUGCGGCCAGCCACUACCAGAUCACGCGCCCCGCGCCUGCGACUCCGGAAGUGAGCGCCGAGCGCGACCAAGCUCCAGCAGCAGUUCCGAUCUUGAUGCCAGUGGCGAGCCGACAGAGACCUCUGAGGUGGGCCAGCUCCUCAGUCGCCUCGAAGCUGCGGGCAUUGGGCCAUGGCAAAUCGCUGAGCUGAAGGCCAGUGAAGCCAAGUUGGCCGAACUGGCAAAGAAACAUCCAGGACGAUGA